AUGUCAGAUAGUUCCCGGAUAAACAGGUCUGACACUACUUCCAACGAUUUAUUAAAGGCUAUAAAUGUACGCCUGCAGGGUAAAUCAGUACAUCCCUGGGGCUCAGAUCAAUAUUCAAGUCAAGAUCUUCCUCGUAACAUUAAUGCUGCACCGCCCCUUCUCAGUGUACUUAACUCCGAAGAGGUGGGCCUAUACCGAUUUUUUCCAUCUGAGUUGCAGGUGGAUACAUCUGUGCCAUUAAUAAAGCGAGCCGCUCCCAGGAUAAAUCCUAAAUCUGAUCAAGAAAGCGACAUCUUAGUUUCUACUUCUACCUCUAUUCCACACGACGACGUGGUCGAUGGUACAAAUGGGUCAAUCACUUCAGAUUCGAGCGACGACGGAGAGCUUUUCCGACGGCCUACUCCUCAAGCUGGCACCCGCAGCAACUCAAUAGCAUCAAUUCCGCAGUCAAAGCCUGCGCCUCCUUCUCUAAAGCCAGUUCUACCUUUAACUAUGCCAGCACUAAACACAGACACGUCGAAGGAGAAGCUAACACUGACGCUCCCCUUAUCUUCUAAGGGUCAACCUUCCCCGUUGGAGAGCGGACUUAAGCGUUCUCGGCCUAUGUCCAUGUCUGAAGACAAGGCGCUCAAAAUAAAGCAGUACGAUGCAAUAAUGUCGAAAAUAACAGAGUUUCUUUAUUUGAGUUCACUCACGGCUGCUCAAAAUACAGAGCUAUUACAGAAAAAUAAAAUAACGCAUGUGAUAAAUUGUUGCCUGGAGAGUCAGUCUCCGAAGUAUGGCGUACCCAACUUAGCGUGUCUGCUUCUAAAGUUGCGGGACACUGGACUCGAAAACAUCGACUCCUUAUUCCUCGAAGCAAUAGCCUUUAUCCACGAGGCACGAAUGCAGGGCAAGGCGGUCCUGGUCCACUGCUAUCAGGGGGUCUCUCGCUCUGCGUCGCUGGUGAUUGCCUACAUCAUGUGGGCUAAUGACUUAUCUUACGAGGAGGCGUAUAGCCACGUUCGCUCAUGCAGGGGUGUAGUCGCCCCAAAUACUGGCUUCGUUUUCAGAUUAGUCUCCUGGUGGAGGAGGCGGCACUCAGAUCUCACGACUGCACGGAUCGCAGCCAAGUAUGCAGAAGAGCACGCCGUCAAAGGGAUCAUUUCACUAGAAGAAGGAUGCAACAUCGAUGCAGCGAUUCAGGGAAUCCGAGGCUCCCACCUAAUUAAGUGUACACCGCCAGAAGAACUACACUCCAGACCAGCACUUUACAGACUAGCCCCUUACAACGACAUGAUGCCAGACAUGAUUGUUUUAAAGCCAGUGGACACUGUUAUAAAAAAUGGAAAGCCAAACUUUCUCUUAGAUGAGAGAUUCAUAUAUGUUGCACCGCUUCCAUGCUUUAUUAUUAUCUUCAUUGGCGCUGAAGUAGACACACUGCAUGAUAGUCCAGAGAAAAGGCAGUAUUUGAAUGUAGCUCUGAACAGACAGCUAACACUUUUGAGGUCAUAUGAAGGUGCUCCAUCACAGACUGUUAAGAUCUUCCAGAGACAGCUUCGCAACGCCUGUAUAUCUAUACUAAAAGGAGAACACUCCUACAAGGCCACACUGACGGUUCCGCGAAGCAUAAUGUUCAGGAGCUCUUCUACUUCUCUCAUUCAGCAGCGCCACAACAGCAACAGAGUGCACACAGCCUUGGCUGUGCUACGGACCAGUGACUUUUCUGCCCCGAAGGGCCACUUUCUGUCUCAGCACAAGUACAACAUACUAGAUGACUAUGAAGGUAGAUUUGAAAUGACCUAUGAAAAGGUUGUUACGUAUGCCGCCGUUGCAUUGGGCAUGCUUGGGCUUAUUAAGGUAGAGCCCUAUGACAAGGAUAAUCAUUUUGAGCACACUAAGUCGCAGAUCCUUGGCUCCUCGUCUACAGGAGGUCAAUCUGGUCUGGUUCACACCAGUGCUCAACCCCAGGCCCGGGUUCAGGUUCGGACAGAGAUACUCUACGUUGAGGGUCUGUAUGAGCCAACUCCCGUGCUGUAUGACUUGGCUAGCGCAGCACUAGCGAUAACUGAUACUACCAUCUGGUCUCCGCUUAGGACUCUAGACGUAGAUGCUAGCAUUAUUAGCAGGUUAGAGAAGCAGUGA